AUGGCCGAUCCGGGAAAGCGCUGCGCAGCCAGCAGCCCAGACGCUGCCAAAAGGCUCCGUGUGAGCGGUGGGAAAGCGAGAGCACAGGCCCAGGCUCGGGGGAGGCAGAGAAGACGACCAGGUUCACCACUGUCCCUGUCUUUGCCAGUGUCAUUCAGGAUCCACAGUCUGAAGAGAGAUGCAGGGACCCUGCGCACAGCUGAGGAGCAACCUCCUAAGGACAGGCCUGUAACCCUGGAGCUGCUGAGGCCAUUCCCAGGAAGAUCUGGGGAGAGGGGACCCCUGACACCUGAGCUGGGCCAAGUGCAUAAGAAGCAGGGCAGGCACCUACAGCAGGGAGAGAACAUGGCUGUGAGCAAGCUCCCAGAGGCCUUUGAGGAUGUGGCCAUGUAUUUUACACGGAAGGAGUGGGAGCUGCUGGAAGCUGGAGACAAGGGUCUUUACCGGGACCAGAUGCUGAGGAAUUACCAAGCCCUUGUUUCCCUAGGAUUGCAAGGUCCUGCACCAGACUUAAUCUGCCGCAUGCAGCUAGGGGAGAUGGAGCUCUGGGUCUGUGAUGAUGAGGAAGCUGGAGAAAGCUCAUUGUCUGAGGACUUCUCCCCAGCAGGUGCAGGGACUCUGAGCUCAGCUGAGGAGCAGUCUCCUGAGGAUGAGCCUGGAAACCUGGAGCUGCUGAGGCUAUUCCCAGGAAGAUUUGGGGAGAAGGAACCCCUGACACCUGAGCCAGGCCAAAUUCAUGAGAAGCACGGCAAAUGUUCACAGCAGAGAGAAAACGUGGCCAUGAGCAAGAUCCUGGAGGCCUUUGAGGACGUGGCUGUGUUUUUCACACGGGAGGAGUGGGAGCUCCUGGAAGCUGGAGACAAGGGUCUUUACCAGGACCAGAUGCUGAGGAAUUACCAAGCCCUUGUUUCCCUGGGAUUGCAAGGUCCUGCACCAGACUUAAUCUGCCGCAUGCAGCUAGGGGAGAUGGAGCUCUGGGUCUGUGAUGAUGAGGAAGCUGGAGAAAGCUCAUUGUCUGAGGACUUUUCCCCAGCAGAUGCUGAGACUCUGGGCACACACCUCUGCCUGGAGUGUGGGGAGAGCUUUGUCUCCCCGAGCAAACUCCGAGUGCAUCAGGAUGUACAUUCAGGGGAGCAGCUGUACCGCUGUACUGAGUGCAAGAGCUUCACCAGAUGGGAUCACCUCCAAAACCAUACUUGUGUCCAUGUGGAUGAGAAGCCAUUCUACUGCCUACACUGUGGGAAGAGUUUCACCAAGAGCUCCAAGCUCAUGCAGCACCAGCACAUGCACACAGAGGAGAAGCAAGUCUCCUGCAGCCAGUAUGGGAAGAGCUUCACCCAGAGCUCCAAACUCACCAAGCACCUGCGUGUGCACACAGGGGAGAAACCCUUCUCCUGCAGCCAUUGUGGGAAGAACUUUACGCAGAGCUACACGCUCACCAGGCACCUGCGUGUGCACUCCGGGGAGAAACUGUACUCCUGCUGCGACUGCGGAAAGAGCUUCACCAGGCGGGACCAUCUACAUGGCCAUAUGCGUGUGCACACAGGGGAGAAGCCAUUCUCUUGCACUCAGUGUGAGAAGAGCUUCAGUGACAGCUCAACACUCGCAUAUCACUUGCGUGUUCACAUGGGCGAGAAGCCAUUCUGCUGCAGUGAGUGUGGGAAGAGCUUCACCAGCAGAUCCAAACUCACCAAUCACCUGCUCGUGCACACGGGGGAGAAACCCUUCUCCUGCAGCCAGUGCGGGAAGAGCUUUAACAGGAAGUCCAGGCUCACAGACCACCUGAACGUGCACACAGGGAAGAAGCCAUUCUUUUGCAGCCAGUGUGGGAAGAGCUACACUCACAGCUUCAGUCUCAGCAUUCAUCUGCGCCUACACACGGGUGAAAAACGCUUCUCCUGCAGCCAGUGUGGGAAGAACUUCAUGCAGAGCUCCAAUCUCACCAGUCACAUACGUGUGCACACAGGGGAGAAGCCCUUCUCUUGCAGCCAGUGUGGGAAGAGCUUUUCUCAGAACUCUAGCCUCAAACAUCACCUGUGUGUACACACGGGGGAGAAGCCUUUCUCUUGUAGCCAGUGUGGGAAGACCUUCACCAAGAGAUUGUCGCUCACGAACCACCUGUGCGUGCACAAGGGGUAGAAGCUGUACCACGGUACUCAGCACCAGAAGUGUUUCUGGCUGAGUUAUGCCCCGAGCAAGCACCAGCAAAUCCAUGGGACCAGGAUUGUCACGCCAGUUGGAGGGCACUUUUCCUCAUCCUCCCUGAGCAUGCAGGAGUGAGGAUCCUGCCCCUGGACUAUAAUGCCCCGGCUCCCUUCUGCUUUUAUGUUGGCUGCCCCAUGUGAGAUGUGGUAGUUUCUGGCAGCAGCUGGGACAGAAGGCAACAGGUAAGAGCUAAGUGACGGAGCCAGGUAGAAGACAGGAUAAAAACUGUGGGGGGACAAAACCAAAGUUGCCCUGAAAAAAAAGUCCUUUUUUGAACCAUCCAGUUCUGUAAACUGCUACCUGUGGCAGCAAGGUGGUUUCUUCCUUUUCCUUCCUGUGGUGUUUGGGAUAUCACCCUUGUCCUUUGUUUUUUACUGUCCUUGAUGAUCUUGUCUAGUUCUACAUCAACCAGGCAGGUCCCCCUGUUCCUGCAAGAGAACCGGCUUGGAUGAGACACUCAAUAAAGGGAAUAUCUUUG